UAUUUACAGCUGUUUAGAAACCUGAAUGCCCAGAAUAUUGAAAUGUUUAAUAAUUUAUCUGAUGAUGUCAACAACGGCUGGUACUCUUAAAUGUGAAGAAACCGAGACUAACUGCAACGCAAUAUCGAACUAUGCAGUUGUUCCAUUCAAUACAAACUCUGUUCUUUCAGAGUUUUUUGAACGAACGAAAAGUGUAACGAUUUCAAAACUUGAUGUGACUUUUAACAUUUUACAAACUUGGCAGGAGCAUGGGGUAGCUGGCGUUGUUUGGGAGGCGGCGACUGUCCUUGCUGACUAUCUGGCUGAUAAUUAUGAUUUUCGUGGUCGGAACGUGAUAGAGCUCGGUGCCGGGACUGGCUUGGUUGGAAUGGCGGUCGCUUACCUGGGGGGCAACGUCACAGUAACAGAUUUGCAGAAAUUUUUACCGCUGCUUCAAGAAAAUGUGGAUUUAAACAAAAAUAUUAUAGAAAAAGGGGGUAACGGGGGAAAUCUGACCAUAUCUGAGUUGAAAUGGGGCAAACGAUUGGAAAGAUUUAAACCUGGGUUUUACGAUUUUAUUCUGGGUGCGGAUAUCAUUUACUCUGAAGAAGAAUUUCAAAACUUGCUUGAAACUUUAACACAUCUGUAUGGUGAUGAUAAAAACUCCAAAAGAAAAGUGAUUUUGUCGGCUAAACGACGUUAUGAUCGCGUUGAAACAUUUAUUGAAACACUGGAAACUAAAUUUCGAUCAGUAGAUCUCGUGAAGAGUUGCGAGAAAACAAACGUUAUCAUUUAUGAAUGCAUGUGAUAACUGUAUCAUGAAUCCUACGAAACUUGUAAACAAUCAGGUAUGCGAUUUAUAGCAAUUUAAAAAAUUAUUUUCGUCUAAUUUGCAUAAACACCAAAAUUUCCUAAAAAA